CCAAUCCCAAUUUCAUUUCCAUCACAAAUCAAAACAAAUAUUCUCUCUUCUCAUUUCAAUUUAUUCUAUCAAAAAUGUCUGGCCGUGGUAAAGGAGGAAAGGGUUUAGGAAAGGGAGGAGCAAAACGACACCGUAAAGUUCUAAGAGAUAACAUUCAGGGAAUAACUAAGCCAGCAAUAAGGAGAUUAGCGAGAAGAGGUGGAGUGAAGAGAAUAAGUGGGUUGAUAUAUGAAGAGACACGUGGCGUGCUGAAGAUAUUCUUGGAGAAUGUGAUACGUGAUGCUGUUACCUACACUGAGCAUGCUAGGAGAAAGACCGUUACUGCUAUGGAUGUUGUUUACUCCUUGAAGAGACAAGGAAGAACCCUUUAUGGUUUCGGUGGUUGAUUUGGUAUAUUUUAAUUUGUUUUGUUGUUGGGUUGAUGAAUCUAGGUGGUGUUUUGGUUAUAAUAUUAUGUAGGUGAAUGUUAUGAGAUCAUUGUAAUUGAUGGGUUUGUGUUUAAUGAAAUGGAUCUCAUUAAUUCUUCUGUUUA